CCGAGGAAACAAAUAGGGAAGAGGGAAGGCUUUCGAGAAGGUCUCGUCGACCCAGAGGCGAAACGCGAUAAUAAAAAAAAAACAAGUGCUUCAAUUAAUUCAAGUAAUACCGUUCGAAAACAACCUUCGGGAACGCGAACCGGGAGGACCCGCGGGCGAGGUACGCGUUAUUUACGCCGUUGCGAAUUCUCUUCGCGGUGGUAGCCGUGCUGAAACGGCGAGUGAAUAUUUUAAACCGGUGAUUCAUUGUAUCGACACACCGCAGGUUGUGUGUGGUUCUGUUCCGAAUCCGCUUUGUUUACGAUUUAUUUGUCCGCGAGAAGUUGUACGCAAAAAGUCGCAGGUGAAAUGGCCUCCAAAGUUAUCAUGAAGAUACCUGUCGCGCCGUUCGGUCAGGUGAACAAAUCAAAGUCGGGUAACGUUAUCGCUGGGGAGAUAGUCGUACCCCGAUCUCAGGACGUCUCUCCCAGGCCUGCGGAGACCCCAAAGGGACCGGAGAAUGUGCGGAUCGCCCAGCUGGAGCAGAACAUCAAGUUCUUGCAAGAACAACACCACCUCAUGCUCACUGGCCUGCACAAGGAGAUCGAGAGUCUCAAGAGCAGAAACAGGGAGCUCCAGUUUCAGCUGGUGUUUGUGAAAGGCACCUUGCCGAGUUCCGGGUCUCCGUCUUCUCCCGAAGACGAUGCAAAGCACAAGGUCUAUUCCAGUCCAAAACCCUUCAAUAUAACACCUCUGCAGGUGGAGAUAUUGGAGAAGGAACUGAGCGACCUGAAACUUCAGCUGCAGGAAACUGAAAGCCGUAACCUGUAUUUGUCUGCGAUAGUGGACGAACAGAAGAAGAAACUGGAACGCUACGAACGCGACCGCGAAAAAGAACGAGAACGUGCGAUCCAACCAGACCCCGAGCUCCUCCGCAAACUGGACGACGCCGAGGCGAUAAUCCGACGUUUACGUAGAGAGAAUUCGGACCUGAGAAGGGAGAACUGCCUCACCACCGCCCACUACCAGCAACCCAGGGAGCCCCCCGCGCAACGAGAGAACGGAUACACCUCGCCCCGUUCCGGCCAGAACCAGGGACGGGGCAACAGCGGUGGCCGCCACAGGAGCAACAACGGAGGCCACUACCGGGGCAAUUGGUUUCCCCCCCUCCACUCGCAGAGCUACUGGCAGGGGGGAAGGAACAACGAGAGAAACGGCCUUCCGGUGGAUGGCCAGAACGUUCUGCCAAAUCUGCAACCCGGCGAGGGCCCGAACGGGACCCAGUACCAGGGCAGAAGAGGAACGAAUAAUAACCACUACCACAACGGAGACGGCAGGAAGUACAGGGGCGGACAGAAGAACCACAAGCCAACGUAAUAUGCGGAACAAGGUCCGCGAUUUCUUUUCUAACGGAUGCUUUUAAGGGCUGUUUGUAUAAUUUUAGCGACUAAAAUGUAUGUACGGUUCCCAGCUGGAAAAAACCUUUGUUUCACACCACCCGACGUCUUGUAAUUGUAGACGGGCGGGAAGUUACGGGUCUCGUAGCUUGAGAUUAAUAUGAUUCAAUCCAUCGGUAUGAGUUUUACUUUUGCUCUACUUUCGGGAUGUCCGGGAAACGGCGGGCACUCGCUCGGAUUUGGGUAGCUCCUGCAAAUAUGAAGUCGCAAGUUUCUAUAAAUUUUUCUUAUUCAGGCUCACCCUGUAUAGUUAUUAGGUCGAAAUUGUUAGUUGAAAAUUGAUUUUUUGUUGUAACUUUUUUGUUUCUUUAAUCUUGUAUAAUUUUUGGAAAAAACUAUGUCAUUUGAAGCUGUUUCUAUUAACGUCUUCCAUUUACCGACACAUACAUUGGGGGCCCAGGGCCAAAGCCUCGUCGACAGUCUCGGUCCAUCAAAAAAGUUUACAGGCUUGCCUUUUUAUUUUUGUCACUGUUUUUAAGAUUCUGGUGCUAAGUGAAAAAUUUUGGUAUCAAUAUAAAGAACAAUUUUUGAGAUAAACACGUUUAAGAGGGCUCUAUAGAAAAUAGG